ACCUUUAUUGCGAAGCAUAAUUGAGGAAUUUGCACUUCGGAAUUUUAAAACGCAGAUCUUAUUUCGAAAUAAUGUCACCUGUUUGGGAUAAUCAUGAUAAAGGACAGUAUUUAAACCCCAGUGAAAUUGCAGAUAUAUAUCAUUUCUUCCGUUAUAGCUGCAUCGGUGUGAGCUCAGAUAAAAACUUAUCGAAUUGGCGGGUUUAUAUCUUUCUUCUUGUGCCAGAUUGAAAGACAACAACUACUUUAGGAGCACCAAGGGCUGUCUAGCUUCAAACACAAUAUCAUUAUUUCGUCAAUCAAGAUCAUCAUAUCGGCAAAACUUUUACUACAAAAUGACUACGCCAACCAUGACAACGACCACGCUCGUGUCGCUUUUGGUACUCUUAAUGACGUCAUCGUUACAGGUCAAAGGUCAGAUAUGGACACCAUGUGGGAUGCGUGGUGGUGCACCGUUACCCCGGGCUUCGAAAGGAAUAUCAAUGAACAACUGCUUCUUCAACCGUUCCACCAUAAUAGCUUUCAAUGACGUCAUGAAAGACGAGUACAGAACAGGACUCAAUGCAGUGAUCAAUUCGGUGAAUCCAGACGACAGUAUUCGUAACAGAACGAGUGAUUCGACCGUAACAUUUCUCUGCCGAGGAUUGGUGCUGAUGAACUCUUUCAUUCACGAGUUCGACCACGCUGACGAAGCCUUAUACGAAUUUGACGUCGAUAUUUUCCGAGAUCGCCUUGCCGUGGCAUACCAAUCCCUGAACUCGUCGCUUACUACAAUGGUUACAAAAUGUCCUCUUCUUACAAACGCUCCAUUACAACUGGAAGAGGAGGAUACACUUGCAACUGUUUCCUUGGCAACAGACCAACACAGAGAAUCUACCUGGACACAGUUCCUGGUCGAGGUCCAGGGCAAGCUAGCCGAUCUUCUAGCACCACGGUUUACCGGCCCCGACCGGCGGGAGCUCCUCGCAAGCAGCUGUAUGCACGAGAUACUCUGUGCUGAGGGUACAAUUACAAAUGCAAACUUUGACCACACCCCCAUCAACGCGGAGGGGGGCUGGCAGUACUGGGAAUAAAUAUCAGAGCAGAGAUUCGCAGUCAAUAAAAUCGCGUAGCGUUGUAGGAGGGGCUUCGGGUCACCAAGGCUUACAGAACAUGCCCCUCCUACCCCACAACCAUAUGAUAUGUUCAAGUAGUGAAGGGGUGGGGAAUAAAUAAGUAAGAGUGCUAUACGAUAAGCCAGUUCGUAGUUCCUUUCUGCGCAUGAUCAAAAUAUUCUACGCAUGAUCAGAGGAAGGUCAUUUGUACUAAAGUGACAUGGUGGUUUAAAAUCGAAUGAGAUAAGCACCAACUUUGAUGUCUUGAUUAUUCAUAUAUUCCUUUGAAUAGUGGUAUUCAUUUACAUCCAUAAAAAACAACCAUGCGUCCACGAACGAUUGGUAUUUCACUGUUUGCCAAGUACAUUGUGCAACAUAUAUGAUAUGCAUUCAAAGUAGGAAUUCAACAAAUACCUUCAUAAAGGUUUCAUUGGUGUGUUAUUCUAGUCACUUGGUCUAUUAAAUUUCUUCAUCCUGCUAUGUAAGGCAAGCUUACUUAAUAUCUUGCUUUGAAAUCUGCCUAUCAUAAUGAAAGAAAUGAAAGGUCAUUUGACCAAAAUUGUCCAUGAAGUAACUACGAACUGGUCUAUUACACAUGCAUUGUUAUACUGUGACGUCACCUUCAGGGUAUCUUUCAAACUCCUGUCAAAUAUGUUGGCGCCGUCCCAGCGUAAUUCAGAUGAAACUAUUGAAAAGGGGAU